CAUCGGCUACCGAUCCUCGACUUCUUACUUGCUCACGGUCGCACGCGCCACCGAGGAAGACGACUCCACUGAGACUUCGCUCAACCUGUCCCUUUUCGAACCUGGUGUCCCUCGACAAUCUUUCGCAGUAAUACGAUUCUUCCAUCGCUGAGCAACCUCUAUCGGCCUUCCUACCCUCGCGGGCUCAUUCCUUGCCGGUUCAUUCAUCGAUAAAGAGGGUGGCACAUUGUGGACUUCAUCACCUGGCUUCAUCAUCUUCCAAGGUCGAACCAUCCCUUCUGCCACUGUGGACUGUCGUGAGAGUCUAGGUCAGGCGACGACUAUCAGUGAGCAACAGGUGAUAUGCGUGCUGGGUUUUGACAGGUUCCCGUAAUACCGUUCGUCCCCUCGAACCCUCAACAGCGCAUUUUUCUCUGUUCAGCUCAAGAGGGGGUAUUCUGUCGGAUUAUGACAGAUACCUCCCCAGUCGCCAUCACGCAUCCAACCACGGAGCCCCCUGCGGUCACCGCCCCUCUGAACUCGCCCAUCGUAAACGGCGCUGUUUCUGACUCGGUCGCCCCUGACGAAGAAGAGCCGUAUACCAUCAAGUGCAUCUGCGCUUUCGAGGAUGACGAUGGUAAUACGGUCUUCUGCGAAGGGUGCGAAACCUGGCAGCAUAUCGAAUGCUACUAUCAUGGCCGAGAUGUGCCAGAAGUCCAUAACUGCGUGGAAUGCGAGCCGCGUUCCCUCGAUGGCCGGCGCGCUACGGAACGACAGAGGCGUCUCAGAGAACAGAACGACGGCGGUGACCGGAAAGCGAAACGGUCCGGUGCGAAGAGUCAUAAGAAGAAGGUCAAGGAGCACGGUGGUGAUCAGGUAAACGGCUUUCAUCACCGGUCGGAAUCCAGCACCCGGGAUCAGCCCCUUGCAAAGAAGGUCAAAACAAAUCAUCGUUCCUCGGGGUCGGUAAGCUCCGUGUCUAAUGCACCCAACUUACCCUCUGAUGCGCGCAAGCGGGCAGCACCCUCCAUGAGCCCGACCAAGGCAUCAGGGCCUUCCAUUCCUUUGUAUUCGCACGAGUUCCUUCAUCUUUACGAUCAGGGGAAAGACUAUGCCAACAUAGACAGCAACCUGUUUGUGAAUCUGCAUCUUGCGGCAGAUUUUGCUGCCUGGGUCACGGAGCCGGAGGCUGUUACCCGCAUCACGAACGGGCGCUCCCCAAAAGAAAUCUUCACGUGGUCUGGUGCAACACUUGACAGAUCACGCUGGCCGACAUUGUCUACUGAAACGAUCACGGACUCGAGCAUUGAGGUGGAAGGCCAACAUCCAACUUGGAAAAUCCUCAAAACUCGCGAUCGUGUCGGCAAAGAUGAAAUUGUCGGUGAAAUCACGGGCAAGCUUGGUUUCUUACGCGACUAUUGUCUUGACCCCAGUAAUCGAUGGCAAGAGCUUCGUCAUCCUGAGCCCUUUGUCUUUUUCCACCCUCAGCUUCCAAUCUACAUCGAUAGUCGACAUGAGGGGAGCGUGCUCCGCUACGUGCGGCGCUCCUGCCGGCCGAAUGUUACCAUGAAAACCUACAUCACGAAUCAGGUAGAGUACCACUUCUGCUUUGUGGCGAAGGAAGACAUUGCUGCAGACUCGGAAAUCACGGCUAUGUGGUACCUAGAUCCUCAACUCUUUGAGUCUACCAAUGGUAUAGUCAAGCAGGAGGCCAGUGACAGCACGCACGAUGCGCCUGCCAUCUGCAUCAGCAAUGUCCUCGCCCACUUUGGUGGAUGCGCCUGCGUCCCUCCCGCAAACUGUUUGCUGUCCAGCGUUGAUCGACGACGUCACCCCAAGUUGAUGGAUGCGAAUGCGAAACAGCCGAGUGCUAAGCGAAAGAAGACAAAGCCCAAGGCGAAUAUUUCUCCGCCUGCAGCCACGAGUCGGGCGGGUAGUGAGACCACUAAGAACCUUGAUGAAGAUGAUCAGGCUGAUAGCCGUUCUGCAUCGGGCUCUAUCCGAGGUCAAACUCGCAGUCGGGAUCUCACCCCUACUUUACAGACUCCUACGGAAGCGUUUUUGCUCGGGGAAUCGGAACUUUCGGCUCGAGACAAGCGUAAGAUCGCUGCAGCAGAGAAGAAGUUUCAACAACUGGAGCAGGACCAAGCAUCACACAGAAAGAAGAAACGGGCUAGUGGUCAAUCCAGCCAUGCUCCACGCGAACGCCAGUCAUAUUCUCCUCCCUCGGGCGGACCUGUCGGCUCGCUUCCCGGAAUGCGUCAUGGCUCACCGCGCAAAACAUCCGGCAGUCACAGCACACCUGGGCGGUCUCCUCUGGGGCGUUCACAUUACGUGGACUCCGCUAUACAGACCGAGCCGGAUGCUAGCGAUGGUGUGGUUUCGCCUUCCCUGCCUUCCCCUCGUCGACCUUGUUUCGUGCCCUUGACUCAGCGUUUGCUGAAAAGAUGCUAUUCUGAUCGUAUCAAGCUUGAGCAAAGCAGCCCAUGCCCUGUUACUCCUCGAACUUCUCUUCUCGAGCAUUCUGACUCUUCGCCGACUUCCACGAGCCCGCAUGAGGCAGCGCCAUUAACAGCCACAACUCCCAGCAUAUCCGCCGACAUCCAGGACACAGAGAUGAGGGAUGUUGAUUCGCCAGUAGAGACCUCGCCAUCCCAUUCCGUUACACAUCUCGAUGCAUCUCCCUUGUCAGGACGGGGAUCGGUCAAGCCGCCCGUGCCGCCCCCUUGGCCAUCAACUGCAGCGCACAACGCUCGGAUACCUAGUAAUAUUGUGCAUAAACAGCGCAACACUGAUCUCCGCGUUCCUCUGCCCCCCGCAACGCUACCUCCGCCCCCUUCGGCCACCAGCCCAGGGUCUACAGCCCCAUUGGCGUUGUCCUCACCUUCAACUGAUGUGACUUCGCAACCCCACAUUCCCACCACGCCGGUGUCUGGCGUGGCAGGCCCUAGUCCGGUGAAAAAGAAACUCAGUUUGGGUGACUAUCUCAUUCGCCGGGGCACCAUGGCCACGCCUACGUCUGAGAAGACUCAAGCUCAGGCUACCGCAAUGCUACCGCCCACACCACCUGUACCGCCUCCAACCGGCCGUGAUGGAGCUGCUGCUGGGCACAACUCUUCCGCGGCGGCCAAGGCGACCGGCGACGAAGUGCCGAAGCCAGAACGGGGGCCCCAGGAUGUCAGCAUGAAGGAUAUUCCCGGAGCUACGCAGACUUCACACAUACCCUCAGCGACGUGACGAUCUGAUGCUAUCUCAUGUGGAUUACUCCCCUGGAAUUCGGGGUUUACACGAUAUAAUACGCGUUGAUUACUUUCUUUGUGGAACAAUUUCUGCGAAUUUGUUCUUUA